AUGGAAGGUGUGGCUGUGAAGAGCAAGAAGAGAGAAGGGUCUGAGACAACGAGUAGCGACUCUGCUACUGAGUCGAGAAGCAGCAGCAGUGGCACGAGCAUUGAUAGCGGAUCGAGCUCUCAUAAUUCGUCAGCUCUCUUGGGUUGGCCUAUAAGCAACGCCCAGCUGACGACCAAGUGUUUGAAAAGUGACGUUUCUGAAGAAGAAAGAGAACCCCAUUUGAAUGAUGUUGGUGAUGAAAAUUCCAAUUUAAAGAAGCAGGGUUCCAAACUUUCAGAAAUGGAGACGAUGAAAGAUAGGUUUGCAAAAUUGUUGCUUGGGGAAGACAUGUCUGGAAGUGGUAAAGGGGUUUGCUCAGCAUUGGCAAUUUCGAAUGCCAUCACCAAUCUAUCUGCCACUGUAUUUGGACAAAUGUGGAGGUUGGAACCAGUGCCUUCUGAAAAGAAAUCAAUGUGGAGAAGAGAGAUGGAAUGGCUUCUCUGUGUAAGUGAUCACAUUGUCGAAUUGAUACCCUCGUGGCAAACACUUCCUGAUGGCAGUAAGCUUGAGGUGAUGACUUGCCGUUCAAGAUUGGAUCUGUUUAUUAAUCUCCCAGCUCUUCGCAAACUUGACAACUUGCUACUUGAAAUACUAGAUGGUUUUACCCAUACAGAAUUUUGGUACGUUGACCAAGGCAUAAUAGCACCAGAGGUUGAUGGAUCAGGCUCCUUUCAAAAAUCCAUUCAGAGGCAGGAGGAUAAAUGGUGGCUACCUGUACCACGCGUUCCUUCUGACGGCCUCCCUGAGAACACAAGAAAGCAAUUAAAUCACAAACGCGAAUUCACGAGUCAGAUUCUUAAAGCUGCAAUGGCUAUAAACAGCAAUGCCUUGGCUGAGAUGGAAGUUCCAGAAUCGUACUUAGAAACUCUUCCUAAGAAUGGGAGAGCCUGCUUAGGGGAUGUCAUCUAUCGGUAUAUCACUUCAGAACAUUUCUCAUCAGAGUGCUUGCUUGAUUGCCUUGAUCUAUCAUCUGAACAUGUUACUUUGGAGAUAGCGAACAGGGUGGAGGGAUCAAUAUAUGUAUGGCGCAGAAGGCUUCACCAGAGACCCCCUGCUAAUUCUAACCGUUCUACUGCCAAAUCUUCUUGGGAGAUGGUCAAGGAUCUUAUGAUAGAUGGAGAUAAGAGGGAAUUGCUUGCAGAAAGAGCUGAAAGUCUCCUGCUAUGCUUGAAGCAACGGUUCCCAGGCCUGACACAAACGACAUUGGACACAAGCAAAAUACAGUGCAACAAGGAUGUUGGGAAGUCAAUUCUGGAGAGCUACUCAAGGGUCUUGGAAAGUUUGGCGUUCAAUAUUGUGGCACGUAUUGAUGAUCUACUUUACGUGGAUGACCUGACCAAGCAGACUGAUAAACUAUCAUCAGUACCUAAAGUUAGUGUAAUAGCUCAUAAAAGGGUCUCAAUCCCAUAUUCGGUGCCAGUCUCAGGCACUCACUUCAGGUCAGCAUUUGCUACACCUGACUUUUGCCCAGCACCUCUGAUAAGCCCUAUGAGAGGGGAGAGAACUCCAUUUCUCAGUGGAAAUUGUAACAAGCCUCCACAUCGUGGCUUAGGAGUUAAAAGAGUCUUGACAAAUUAUCUUGGUGGUGAUGCAAAGGCGAAAAGUUCUGGCAGUAUUCUUGAAGGUACGGGUUCUACUUCUAACAGAUGUAGUAAAGGGACAUCUUGUUUGAGCAUCGAAGGGAAGGAAUCAUAUUCCACACAAAAGGAGUCUAUGUCACAGCAGAUAGAGCGCAGAAAAUCUUUAGCGCGAAAUAGUCAUCCCCAAUUUGUUCUCCAUCAACUUGAGGAGCGCCGCCGCGACCUGCAGUCCGUCAACCUGUUUUCCCCUCUCACAGUUCUCUCUCUCUCUCUACCCUCAAACUAUUUCUCCUCCUCCGUCGCUGUUUCUCCUUCUUCCCUCGCCGACGAAGCUGGAGCUCGAAGUGGCGGACGCUUUGGUUGA